UUUUUUAUAUUUUUUUUUGUAUAGUUUCUUUACUGUUUUAUUUAAGUUUCAUUUAUGUUGGUUGAUACAGGGAAAGUCAUCGGAUGAAUUAGUAACUCAAGAUUCUGAUGAUGAUGCUGAUGAUGAUGAUGAUGAUGAUGAUGAUGCCGAGGAUGAUGAGAAGCAAUUGCCUGAUCCAGAAAAUAUUGAUUCCGACUCCGACGAUGGUGGUGAGUUGGUUAAAGUUGGUGGGGAUGCUGAUGAUGCUGACAAGGCUGUUACUGCUGUUCCUUCUGCUGAUGUGAAUCCAUCUGAGGAUGUUGGAGGGAGUGAUAAAAAUGUUAAGGAUGUUGAGAAGCCGAAGGGCGAUGAGUCUCGAUUGAAGGGGGACGAUUUCUUUGAUGGGUUGAGCCAGCUUGUAAUAGAUGAUGAUCAAGUUGUGUUGGCUGGCUUGGAGGCUGUUGCUAAAAUCAAUGUCCCCGCACCCAAUCCAGAUGUUGUUGGUGAAAAGUCAGAUGCCCUUCAUACUGAUGAAGAAACUGAGGAUACUGUCUCUGAUACACCUCUGUUGGAUAAGAGGAAGCGUGCUCCGGCCUUGAAAUCUCCAUUUGUUGAUUUCGGGUCUGCUGAUGUCGGGAGCACUCCAAUGGAGCUUAUGUCCUCAGGUUCUCAAUCAGCUGGGGAUGAUAGGGAUUUCAAAAUGGUGACUUAUGUGAAGGGCCUUUAUGCUCUUAAUGAUGCUUUUGCUGAUCCCGUAUCUACCGAGAUUGAGGCAAAAUUUGACUCUUGGAUUGGUGAAGGAUUGCUUAAACAUCCUAGGCAUUAUAAUUGUUAUGAAGACGGCGCAAAGAAAUUUACCCCGGGUUUUAGGCUAGGUGUUGAUUAUGUUGAGGAUAAAACUUGGUUUUACCAUUUGGCCACAUGCGACAUGUUUAUGAACGACUCGCAUAUGAACACCAUAUUCUAUUACCUUCGGAAAAAAGGUAAGUAUUCUUCCGCUGUGACGUUGAAUUUCGCAACUACUGAUUGUCUUUUUGAUGAUUCCAUCCAAGCAUUGUACCACAAAUUUAACAAGGCCAAGUCAAUGAAGACUAAGAUGUCACACAUUCACGCUGCCCACCCAAUUGCGCAUUACAUCCGAGGUAUGCGCAUUCCCUGUUCCAAGCCUUGGUAUGAAGCCGAUCACGUGCUUUUCAUCAUCAAUUUAAGAAGGGAAAGUCAUUGGGUUUUUGGGCGUCUUGACGUGAACGAAGGGACGUUGUUUCUGUACAAUUCUUUGAGAACCGCGAAGAUGAAUGCCGCAGCUAGGAAUGCGAUGAAGGCUUAUUCCGUGUUGCUGCCUUUGUUUUUCGAUUUACUUGGGUUCUGGAAGAAUAGAGCACAAGCUCCUGCCUCAGUUUCUGACCCUACAGCUCCAUUCAGAAUCGUGGAGCUUAGUGGUCUUGCGUCUCAGCAGAAGAAGUGAGUGUUUCUUUUAAGUUUCUUUUAUGUUGUUUUUUAGUUUCUAAACUGUUUAUUUUUUCUCUAUGUUUUUUAACAGUGAUUGUGGAGCAUAUGUUGCUGCCUUUGCUGAAUUCUUUAUACACGGAAAGGAUGUCCCUGCAGACUUUGACAUCGAAGUUUAUCGUACCCGACUUGCUUCACUUUUCU